AUGAACGGGGAGGCUUCUCAAAAAGAUCAAGGCCAGACAACCCAACCCACCCAGCCGACACAACCGAGUGCGUGGGAUGCGCCUGGCAAUGACGUGCUUGCACAGGAACUGAUCAGUACCGGAGUAGUUUGCAGGCUGAUUUGCACCACCAGCACAGACAUAUGUCGCGGAAAAGGCUACAUUGACGUGAUUCUAAAAACAGACACCUUGGAGGAUAAGCAGGAGUGGAUAUUCGGACGCAGAGCAGAAAGUUGUGAUUAUCCGUUGAAAACCAAGAGCAACAGAAUCAGCAACAAGCAUUUUAAGCUCUGGAUGAGUACCAAAAAUUCCAACGGGGGAGCAAAUGGUACUUUGAUGAUCCAGGACACAGCUACUAAUGGUACAUGGGUUAACGGAACCAAAUUGAUCAAGGGAACGAACUACAUCUUGACGCAGGGCGACGAGAUCAGUAUAGGCAUAGGAGUCGCCGCAGACGUGAUACGAUUUGUGGUGCACUUUCCGAAAAAUGGUGCGCGCGACGAAACGCCAGAGCGAAACAGCAAUAGCUCAAAUGCAGGGAUACAUAUGGAUUUUAUUGUGCGAGAUGAGAUCGUUGGCUCGGGUGCUUUUGCUACAGUCAAGAAGGCCAUCGAGCGAGCCACCGGAGAAACGUACGCUGUGAAAAUCAUAAGCAAGAAGAAAGCAUUAACAGGGGGUAUGGAUGGAGUGACGCGGGAAUUGGAGAUACUCAAAAAGCUGGACCACCCAGGAAUUGUUAGAUUAAAAGCUUCUUACGAGGACGUGGAAAAUUACUAUCUGGUGAUGGAGUUUGUCCCUGGUGGAGAUUUGAUGGAUUUUGUGGCGUCUUACGGAUCUGUUGGAGAGGCUGCGGGCCGCGAAAUAGCAAAGCAAAUCUUACAGGCCAUUGACUAUGUGCAUUCCAGAGGUAUAUCGCAUCGAGACCUCAAGCCAGAUAACAUCCUAAUAGCGCAGGACGAUCCUGUGACCGUCAAAAUAACAGACUUUGGGCUGGCAAAACGCCAGGGCAUUGCCAGCAUCAUGAAGACUUUCUGCGGAACGUUGGCUUAUCUUGCGCCUGAGGUCAUUUCUGGCAAAUACGGGGCCCAGAUGGCUUCAUCUAAAAAACGAUACAUGGGAAAAGGACGCGUUUUCGAAGAUUCCUACUCGAACAAAGUGGACAUCUGGUCGAUCGGGUGUCUUGUAUUUGUUAUUCUCACUGCGCAUUUGCCUUUCAGCGGGUCUACGCAAGAGACUCUGUUUAAAAACAUCACAAACGGAAACUACCACGAGUCUUUGUUAAAGGAAAACGGAAUAUCGCUUGAAGGACGUGAUUUUGUGAACCGGCUUCUGGAGACCGACGUGUCGUUGCGUCUAGAUGCUCGUCAGGCACUCAAUCAUCCGUGGAUCAACGAAAUGAGCACCGUUGACUCCCAGGUGAGUCUUUCUCAGAGUCAGUCUCACCAACAGCGUCUUUCGCAAGCUUUGAGUAUAAAAGCAGAACCGCCCGUUUUCAAGGUUCCACAAGUACCAAAGCCGAGUCAGCGAGUGCACACUGCGGGCGUGGGAGAGAUAGAUGAGUCAAUACAGGAGAUUGAAUUCAUCGAUUCUCAGCCUCUAUCUCCACAAGAACAGAAUAGAGAAGACGAAAAUGUGCCCCCGGGAACAUUCCUAACUCUGAAACUCAUAGCAUCGGAACCUGCCAAUAAGUACGAGUCAGUGGUCCAUAUCAAGCAAGGACAGCCAUUUUUCUCCAUCGGAAGACUAGAUACACUGGAUUAUACAAUCUCGGAUGAGAGAAUAUCGAAAACCCAUGCUGUGAUACUCAAGAAACGCCAUCCAAUCACAACAGCCUCAUCUAUCUACGAAUCACCAGCUAUGGGAUUGGAAGACAUCUGGAUAUUGGAUCUGAGCACCAAUGGAUGCUAUGUUAAUGAUCAAAAGCUGAAAAAAGGUAAUAAAACCAAACUUUUCAAUGGUGAUGUGCUGAGCCUAUUCAUAGAUAAACAGCGGGGAGAAAAAUUGGCCUACAAGGUUAUAAUCAAUGACACAACGGGGCUUUUCAAAGGAGCCACCAGGGAAGAGAGAAAUGUAAGCAUAGAGCCGCAAGAUGAGGCAGACCAAAAGCUUCCGCUGCUAAAGAAAAGACAAUCUAAUAUUGAUAAGAAGAGGAAACACACAGAGCAGCACAUGAUCAACAAAAGGAAAAGAGCAGAUUUAAGCAAUUACUAGAAACUGUUCAAAAAAAAUCCAAUCUUUUCAUGUUUUAUAGCAAUAAUAGAGACACAAAGAAAAUCGUUGUCAAACAACCGUACCCGAUAAGAAUUCAUGCUAGCAAGCUGAAGCUAAUACGUAACUGCCUUGCAGUUACACAGCCUUAGCCAAUCCCACAGCGUCUUUGCCAAGGUCAUAAACGGAGUAGUAUCUUCUGAGGAAAGCGUCACCAAUGAUGGCCAUUGGACCAAUUGGGGCUGGGAGAUCCAUUGGAGUGAAUGCAGAAAUACAAGAACCAGAAACUUCCAAAGUGUAGUCGUAAGGCGAGAUGGUAAAGUUGUAACCAUCGAAAUUGAAAGUCAGGUCAGGCAGCGAAUCUCUCUUGUCACAGUCGAUCUGGUACUGUCCAGACCAUGACUUCUCGGCACCAAUUUGAGAGUUCAAUAUUUCAGCCAAUUGAGAUGGAAGAGCAAUCAAAGAGGUUCCGGUGUCAAUGGCAGCUCCCGUAUUCUCCAAUGGGGCGUAUUCGUCACCAAGGGCAAUACCACUAAACUUCACUUCCCAGUAAGCCUUUCUUCUGACUGGCAACCAGGUGAUGUCACCUGUGUACUUAGACACAUCGUAUCCACCAAAGGUAGCCUCUCCUCCGUCCUGCUCGGACUUUGAAGUGUCACCAAGGUAAAAUGCGAAUUGUGGGGCGUCCAGCAGUUCCAAAUUGAUAGCAUUGUAAAUUGGAGGAACGAUUCUGUUGACCGAGAUAGUGUCGUAAGCCAGACCCAGGAUACCGUCAAACUUUCCAAAAGCAAAAGCCAAGCCAGGUUCGCUAGUAGCCUCAGCGAAAUCCUGCUUAGGGAUGACAAGGUCACCAAUAGUCAGUGUGUCUUGGGAAACGUAACCCUCGAGGGAACCCGAGCCAUAUUGAAUAUUAAAGGAAGAACCGUUUUUCUGGUAAGUGGAGGACUCAUCGUGGUCGUAUUUAGUAUGCAAGUAACAGGCCAAAGACGAGCAAUCGCUACUAGGAACCCACAGGUUAGAGGAACCGGUGUCGAGGAUAACCUUGAACGACUGGCCAGGAGUGCCCAAUUGUAUCUCGGUGAAGUACUGAGCGUUGAGAUAGUUGGUCAAAGGAGUGUUGUGUCCAGAGGUUGCACUCUCGUCAGAACGCUUGCCGAGCGAGAUAACUUGCUGGUCAUUCUGUUGGGCGGCGAUAAACUUAUUGUAAGAUGUAACAUACUUUUGCUUCAACGACUCAACAUAAUCGCCGACAGUAACAUCCUGGUAAGUAGCCUGUGCAGGAGCUUUUUUGAUGGGAGCUUUGUGCACCUUGGCAUCGGCCACGGAGACCAAUCCAAGCACAAGAGCAAGCGAGUAAAGGGUUGGGAGAGAAAGUUUCAUCUUUGAGAUUCGCUUUGUUUAUAAUAGAUGCUCAGCGAUGCUAAUGAUUUUGACAAGGUUUUGGAGCAACUAGAUUGGUGACUCUCUAUUCAGAACAGGUUUGUAAAUUAUGGAACCUACUUAAUGAACCCCAAUUUUUACUCUCUUUGCCACCCUCAUAUUUUAGGUAGUGCGUCACACAUAAACACAUCAGUUUUGAGCAUUUACGCUAUCCCAACUAGUACUGGUGCAGCUUCCAGAAUAGGAAAGUGAUCUGAUUAAGAUAUAGAUCCGUAGUUUGACAGCUUCAAAACCUCAUCGAAUUGUUUUUUGCCCUUGUAAAGUUGGGCAUUCGCCAUAUAGUCGUCCAGCAGGAAGUCGAUAGGCGACAGUGGCGUGUUUUCACUCAGCUUGCGAACGUGAUGCGGGGACAUUGGGAUUUUUAUGAAUGCUGACCUUGUGGCAGGCGACUUUGACUUUUUCAGUUUGAUGUAGUUUUCCGCAGACAUACUUUCUCUUCUCAUCGCGGAUUCUUCUACUCCCGGGGAUUUGGCGGUACCUUUGUUGUAGUCCCAUUUGUACCAUUGCAGGAGCAACGUGCAAUCAAGGGCCACCGUGCCCAUGGCUCCCAAAAGGUAGCUGAGCUCGGACCGCCAGAAAUCCCGCGAUGUGUCACCACCACUAAGCGAAUUCUUACAUGUUGCCAACGACAUCGAGUAGCACAAGUUGCCCAGAAGCGCGCAUAUGACAAACUUGGGGGAAAUGCCACGCGUCGAUUUGAGUUUGUUAUUGGUCAAUAUCUGCGGAAAUCUGGAGCUGAUAUACAAGAAAGU